AUGUGGACCCACCGGCUGCGAAACGCGUGCGGAAACCGAGUGCAAACCCUUUACCACAACCACCACAACCGCCAAACACCCCCGGAAAUCCCAACCACCGACCACAACCACCACCGCCGCCGCUGUACCAGCUGUCUCAAUCAUCGAGAAAAGCCCAAUGAACCCACUAAAACUCGCACGUCUAUCCAAAACCAAAACCCACCCCGUGGCCCGUUCCUCCCUCGAACCACGAAAACCGCAAUCACACUCACACUCAACCACCACCACAACCGAGAUUGCGAUCUUGAGACGCGCCCGAACUCCCCUCCUCUUCCCCGGCCGCACAUUCACCCUACACCUCACUCCCACUCCCACUUCCUCGCCCUCAUUACAUCCUCCUCGGCAUCAUAUGACUACGACGAAGAAGAAUUCAAGGGGGAGGAUUGA